AUGAACAAGGUUCUUUGCAACCGAGAGACGGUUAUCAAACUGUGGGCUUCUCGCUCGGCGCAGUCGCUGCUGUCUGGGACAUCAAUUCCCCGUGCCUUGCUUACUCUGAACUCCGAUGAUUUGAAGGCGUAUCGCAUAUCGGAGUUGAUUGCCAGACAUUUGAAUUCAGUUCCGUUCUACCAACCGGAAACACUCCGAAAAGGUUCUCAAAUAUUGUUUCAUACGUGA